AUGGCGAUUUCCUCAAAUUUAUGUGAACCCGAUUAUACUUUCUUGAUCUUUAAAUGUGUUGAUUUUCCUAGCGUAUUUUGUGUGAACACUGUGAUUAAAGCUUAUGCUUGCAGCUAUGCACCGGAAAAAGCUGUGUUUUUUUACUUUGAAAUGCUUAAAAAUGGCUUCCUUCCCAAUAGUUUUAGCUUCCCGCCUCUGCUAAGUGUUUGUGCUAAAAUGCGUAGUUUAAAUCUUGGACAUAAGUGCCAUGGCCAGGUUGUGAAAAAUGGCGUUGAUGGUAUUCUAGAAGUGCAGAAUUCAUUGCUGCAUUUAUAUGCUUCGUGUGGGUUACUUACUUCUGUUCGUCAGAUACUUGUUGAUAUGCCUGUGAAGGACUCGGUAUCUUGGAAUACCAUAAUGGAUGGGUUUAUUAGAGCGGAUGAAUUGGACAUGGCACAGAAGUUGUUUGAUGCAAUGCCCCAAAGGAAUGUUAUUUCUUGGAAUAUAAUGAUGACAGCAUUUUUGGAUUUAGGGAAGCCUGGCAAUGGGUUAAAGUUAUUCAGGGAAAUGGUGAAAUCGGGAUUUAAACCUAAUGAAACAUCUAUGGUGAAUGUGCUCUCAGCUUGUGGUAGGUCUGCCAGAUUAAAGGAAGGAAAAUCGGUUCACAGAGCUCUUAUUAAGGAUUUUGAGAAUCAUAGUGUGAUUGUAGGUACAUCCUUAAUUGACAUGUACAGUAAAUGCGGAAGGUUAGAUGCUGCACAAUUUGUUUUUGAAAGGAUGCCAGUAAAGAAUUUGGUUUCUUGGAAUGCAAUGAUUUUAGGACAUUGUAUUCAUGGGAAUCCACAAGAUGGAUUAAACUUGUAUAGGGAAAUGUUAAGCAGAAGUAGUAGUUCAAGUAAACAGUUCAAGUCAUCCGAUCAGAACAGGAUUGUCCCAGAUGAAAUCACUUUUAUUGGUGUUUUGUUAGCCUGUGCCCGUGAAGGACGAUUGACAGAAGGCAGGAGCUACUUCACUCAAAUGGUUGAAGCUUUCGGGUUGAAGCCAAAUUUCGCUCAUUAUUGGUGCAUGGCUAACAUACUAGACAGAGCUGAUCAUAGGGAAGAAGCGAUUGAACUGCUACGAAAUCUGCCAUUCAGUGAAGAUGCAUCACCAGAAAUCUUAUUCUUGGCUCGUUUAUUUGGAUCAUGUCGUUUUGAAGGAAAUGUGGUAUUGGGAGAACAACUAGCAAAACAUUUAAUUGAGCAAGAUCCUCAGAAUUUCUCAUGCUUCGCAUUGCUGGUGAAUCUGUAUGCUGUGGCUGGUAAGUGGGAGGAAGUUUCUGUAACAAAGGAAAUGAUGAAGGAGAAAGGGAUCAAAAGAAAUCCAGGUUGUGGUCUUAAAGACAUGAACGAGAUUGUUCACCAGAUGGUCGUACCAGAACUGAGGGAUAGACGGAUAGUUGGCCUCUAA